AUGCAUCCCUACCUCAACUUCCAGCCUUAUGUGCCAACUAAAGCUCGACGCUGGAGACCCAAGCCCAACUUCGAAGCGCCUGACCAUAUCCUGAUUCCCAUUGUUGAUGGUGUUGAAGCUGCUUUAAACACAUCUACAAUCCGCGAGCCAACAACACUGGGAGAAGCUCUGAAACGCCCUGACGGCGACAAGUAUGUCCAAGCGGCUAUAGAAGAGGUCAGAGCUCACCUGGAAAAUGGCACGUGGAAGCUUGUGCGACUCCCACAAGGCAAAAGGCUAUCGGCUCACUGGCAACACAAGGGACGCAUUGUGGCCAAGGGAUAUGCACAGCGAGAGGGAAUCGACUACACAGAGACCUUUGCACCGACGGCUCGCUUUGGCGCCCUUCGCACCAUCAUAGCACUUGCAGCACUCGAAGACUGGGAGCUAGACCAGAAGGAGUUGAGUUCGAGGGCUAUGAAGGUACAAGCUGGGUGCUUCAACUUCAAGGGUCUCUAUGGAAUCAAACAAGGUCCUCGAAUCUGCGACCACAGUGUCUUCAUCUAUGAACGUGACAGUGUGAAGAUCAUUGUACCAGUCCAUGUUGAUGACUUACUGCUUGCAUCAAAGUCAUCCAAAGCCAUCCAAACGGUAAAGGAUGAGCUCAAAGCACGCUUCAAGAUUCAUGACCAAGGCCCUACCUCAUUCCUACUGGUGUCAAGCUCGAGCGCAUCGCCAAUCCCAUACAAUCUCCUCUCUCAACCUGCGUACAUCGAACAGAUCUCAGCCCAUGAAAUGAAGGACUGCAAUGGCGCUGACACACCGAUGGUCGAAAAGCCACUUUCAGCAAAGGAUUCACCGCAAACCGAGCAAGAGAAGCCGAAAUGCAAGCUAUACCUAUCGAGAAGCCUUGAAAGCUCAUAUACCUUGCAACGCCACUCGCCAGACAUCUCAUAUGCAGUCGGAGUUCUCUGCCGGUUCAGCGAGAAUCCUGGACAAGCACACUGGCUAGCUCUCAAACGACUCACCUACGGCCUCAAACCGGAAUCCGACGAGCUCUUCACGACGCACAGCGACGCCGACUCUGUGGGAAUGCUGAUAACACCCGUUCGACAGCCGGAUGUCAUGUCAAUUGGUGGCGGCGCUGUGAUGUGGAGUAGCCGACUCCAGCGCCACACGUCGCUAUCAUCGACGGAAUCGAGUAUACAACAGCCCGCCACCGGGUGUGAGAUGAUCUGGAUGCGCGCAUUCCUUGACGAAAUUGGCUAUGACGUUGCGUCGACUCCAUCCACUUUAUACGUCGACAACGCCUCUGCUAUCCAGGUCGCAAAGAACCCAGAGCACCAGUCGACAAUGAAGCAUGUUCACCGGAGCUUCAACUGGAUCCGCGAGCGGGUUGCCAACAAUGAAAUCCGCGUCGCUCACGUCCCUGGAGCUGUCAACGUUGCCGACAUCUUCACCAAACCACUAGGCCGCAUCAAGUUCGAACAGUUUGUCAAAAUGCUUGGUAUUAUCCCUCAUCCACAUGCCCAUCCAUGA